UGGCAGUAUGCACCGCUGGUUGGCUAGUAAUACAAAAUUGUGCAAGCGAGCUAGAGUACUUGAGAGUGGCGGUCGUAUGACUACGUCGAGUGAUGAAAUGAACUAAUUUCCGUAUACACGACUAAAAUUGACAAAAAUAGCGAGUUUAUUGUUUGACAAAACGUGAAAGACUAUUGUUUACAUCGCGUCCUGUGAACUUUAUUGUGAUUUUUAUUGACAACAUCGAAGCUGAGCUCGUAUUGCAUGCUCUGGAAAACGCGUAAUUUGCGGAAAAUAUUUCCUAAAGAAAAACAUACAUGAUAAGGAGGGACGUCUCUAAAUCGAUCCCUCACCACUCAACAUUCCUCCAUGACGCUGUGAUCCAACAAGAUGUUCAAGCUAUUAGGGAACCUUAGUGUAUACUUCAAGUACCAGGACAUCAGAACCGACAAUGCCUUGUUCCGACUUCACAACACGUUCACGACAGUGCUGCUACUCACGUUCUCGAUAAUAAUAACGGCCAGCCAGUUUGUGGGGCAGCCCAUACAAUGUAUAGUGAGCGGGAUACCUGCGCAUGUGGUCAACACGUUUUGCUGGAUAACUUCGACGUUCGCGAUGCCCGAUGCCUUCGCUAGAGAGGUCGGCAAAGAAGUGGCACACCCAGGCAUAAGGAACCCGUACGAUGGCACGACAGAGAAAAAAUACUACACUUACUACCAGUGGGUGUGCUUCGUGCUCUUCUUUCAGGCUAUAAUGUGCUACACACCCAAGUUCCUGUGGGACUUCUUCGAAGGCGGGCUCAUGAGGACUAUCGUCAUGGGGCUGAAUGUUGGAGUCUGCAAAACCAAGGAGAAGGAGAAGAAAAAGGAACUCCUCAUCGGGUAUCUGCUGAGAUAUCAGACGGAGCACAAGAUGUACGCACUCCGCUACUUCGGCUGCGAGCUGCUCUGCCUUAUCAACGUCCUGGUGCAGCUGUGGCUGAUGGACAGCUUCCUGGGCGGCGAGUUCUUUAACUACGGCACCAAGGUGCUGGGCUACAGCGACGUGCCGCAAGAGUUGAGAUUCGAUCCAAUGAUCUACAUAUUCCCGCGGGUCACAAAAUGCACCUUCCACAAAUACGGUGCGUCAGGCAGCAUACAAACACACGACAGCCUGUGUGUGCUGCCGCUGAACAUGGUGAACGAGAAGACUUACGUGUUCCUGUGGUUCUGGUACGUCGCGCUCGCGGCGCUGCUGUUCAUGCUGCUAGUGUACAGACUGAUGAUACUGUUCGUGCCAUCCAUCCGGCCGCGGCUCUUGCACGCUCGCUCGCGUUCGAUAGCAAUGGAAACCGCGGCCUCGGUCAGCAGACGCUGCGACGUCGGCGAUUGGUGGCUGUUAUACAUGCUGGCGAGGAACAUGGACCCGAUCAUAUACAGGGAAUUCAUAGCGGAGUUCUCAAAACGACUCGAUGAGAAGCCCUCCUCGCGUGCGUGACAACCAGCCACCCCCUCCGUCUCCUUCGUCGGCGUGUGACGCGCCCGUGCCCGCUCCGAGUCUAGGGUACAACUUCGUAACGUACCUUGUACCGUACCUUGUAUAACUUCUAGGUACAUCCUAAAUAAAUAGGUACAUGCACCUCGUAUAACUGGCUCAUUAGGUACACUUUGUAUACCGUGAAGGUACACCCUCUAUUAAGGGCCCCACUGAUUACCAGUCCGCCGGACCAAAGAGGAUAUAAUAGGAUAGAGCGGUACUGCCAUAGUAAAUUUUGUAGCCACAGUAAAUUCACUGUCAUCUAUCUAUUAAAACUAAAAAUAAAGAUGUCAAAAAAUGUAUUUAUAUAUGGAUAAAUGUUUUUCUUAUUUGCAAUAUUUGCAUUAAUUAUUUUUAUAUUAUUUAGACUCAUGUUCUUUUACUGAUAUGCGUAAAAAUUGUUAAAUAACAAACGAAACCGUCAACGCCAUCUAUACGAGAGUAGGCCAAACGUAGUGGCACCAUCUGAUCGAGAAUCAAAUUUUCUUGAUUUUCGAGGCACGUUUUUUCCUUAGACUGUAUCCAGUAUUACGGAGUUAUAUCUAUCUUUGGCCGGACGAUAUCGGCCUGUCAGUUGUUCGGAACUGUCAAAUUUUUGUUCUAACUGACAGGCUGAUAUCGUCCGGUGGACUGAUAAUCAGUGGGACCCUUAACAUGUUUAAAGUGCAAUACACCUUGUAUAAUUGCAAGGUACAAUGUGUAUAGAUUGCCCAAAGUCCAAAGUACACCUUUAAAAUCUAGGUUGCUAUAAAAUAAUUUUAGUUCAAAAUAAACCAUGAAAAAGUUCGCUUAAGUUUAUGGUACCUACUGUGUAUCUUGUUGAUGGGGUACAAACUGUAUAAGUCUAGUUCGGAUAUUGGUAACCAUAGUUUGUUUUGCCGCGUUUAUUUAUAAGUAACCAGGACUUUGAAAACCAAGUAAUACUCUUAAAUAUAAGGUUAGUUUUCGAAAUGGGAUGAGAGGUACAUUGUCCUUUUCGAAACAAAUACUUGGACUUUGGAUGACGUUAUAUCGUUCGAAUUUUGGUGCAAUUUAAAUUAACGGGCAAAACGCCUGCUGCAAUUAGCAGCUUUUUAGACAUUUUUAAAGUAUACAAGCUCAAUUUUAUUCGGGAUUUUUCAAGUAGUUUUAGUUAAGGUUUUAUUAAUAAAUUAAGUUUCUUGAAGCUUUUAGACUGAUGAAGUCUAUGGCUUAUGUGGGGAAGUAGGCUGGUUUUUAAGCUUAUUUCUAGGUACAUAAAGCCUAGAAUGGCCAAGGGUUUAUUCGAGACAUCAGAAUUAUAGCUGUGUCGAAUAAGCCCGUAGCUCUGUUUUUAUGAAAGUGGCCGAAAGUAAUAUUUUUAUUACUAUUUGACAUUUCGCCUUCAUAUUUAAUGCGAAAUAUAAAUUUUGCUCCUUGACUUUUAUAAAUUUUUCGUCACUUAUAAAUGCCAUUUUAAUUUAAAUUGGUUGUACUCUAUAGAAAAUGUAUGAGUGCGUGUCAAAGCUGAAAGGGGUUCAAAGGACUGCAAAGUUCGAUAUUCCUAUAAUUUUAUAUACACGAUAUAAUCUAUUAAUAUAUACAUUUAGUGUUGCCAGGAGUGUACAAAAUUCAUUCAAAUUUAGGUAUGUAGGUUGUUUUUAUAAUCGCUUAGUGUAAUGUUGACAGGAUUUAUAAUUAAGGUGAGUUACACUGAAGAGAAUUAUGAAUGUUUCAAAAACUUAUGAGUACUUUACAAUUUGGUACUAAUUUAGCAUCAGCGUAUUCUAUGGUCAUUUUGACAGUAACAUUCCUGUAUUUUUAUUGACAGUUUAAGUAGAGUAAAAUACCUAGUUAUUGAUUAAAAAGGCGACGAGUAUUCAUUUGUUAAAUUCUCUAGUUCCAUUGUGAUGUGAGGAAUUAACUUUGGUUGUACAACUAAUAUCCCAAGAAAACCUUCACACUUCAGCGAAUUCGAAAAUGUGUGAGAUUUCUCUAUUUAAUCUAAAUACUGAAUACAAUAAGGAUAAAUAUACAUAUAGGCUGGUAUUGUGAUAUAUUUUACUACCAAAACAGUACGAGUAGGAAAAAUUACUAUCAAGUUCCUCGUUAAUUGACUACAUAGUCCUCUUCAGUUUAGCUCGAUUAGUUAAGAUAUUGUAAGUUGGAGGCCGCUCACUGCCGUAUAUUCGUGAUCCCUGCUUACUGUGCUAUUUUGAGCGCAAGUCUGUAAAAAGUUCAUUCCAAUUUAAGAACUGUUUCUAAAUCUAAUAUUCUGUAAAACCCUGUUUACUUUCCCUCUACUUAUAAUAAUAUAGUUUUAUUUAUUUUACUACUUUCCCAUUUUCCAUUAUAUUCCUCUUGAUAAUAGUUCUCAUAUUGUAAUGAACUAAUAACCGUUCCGAAUUUGGAACAAUAAGCCUAAUAUUUAGCUUAUACUCGACAUUUUAUCACUAAUUCGGUUGCCAUAAGAUCGAGUUUUGAAUGAUACCGCGUGAGUAAAUAAUAUUUAGUGUAACAUGACUUUUUCUACCAAUCUUUGUAUUAAGAUCGUGACAAUAAAUUGAUUCUGGUAUUUCAUAGUGUGAUAAAAAUGUCAAGAUGAUAAAUAAAUCAAUUCAAAUGUUAUAUUAAUGAAAUGUUAUAAUGGACAGUAUCGGCAUGCUAGAUUUUGAGUAAAUGCGUCAAAAUUCUUGUCUUGUUUCUGACCACUCUGUCACGCUUGUAUUUGCGUUUUCUAUCAAAUAAAUCAAUAAAAAGAGUGCUAUCGCAUGUCUUUUUAGCUGUAGACUAUAUUUUACAUGAGAAAAAUUAAAAACGAUCAUCUCUUACAAAAAGCUUCACUUCAACCCUUUUUGGGGACAAAAACAAAACGGAAAUAAUUUUGACUCAAAUGAUUAUUUUCAGUUAAUAAUUGUUAUACCAAAUGAAUGGGAUAAGGGCAAGCGAAUUAUAAAUUGUUACUAUGACAUUCUUAACUAUUUUAUCACACUACAAAAUAUCUAGAGUUAGACCAAGAUCAGUCUGCAACUAUUUUUA